CAGCGCGUCACGUUGCCACACUGUAAACACAACUCAGUUUAAACAGAAUAAUUCAGAAUAAGUGAUGCACUGCGGUUUCUCUUGAGGUUGAAAUAAUCAUGAAGAACCGAAGCGGGGUCUAUGUGGACAACCGGCUCAAACAGAGAGUGGAGCAGUACAUGGCGACCUGCUCCAGUGAAUAUGUGGACCUGUCAGCCAUGGCUGUGAAGCUCCAGAGACUGCACAGAAUGGAUUACGGCAGGCGAAACAGAAUAGCUUUCAGGCUUCAAGUAGAGAAAGUGUAUGACAUAUUAAUGAAGGACUCUGGGAUAGAUGAUCUGGAGAACAAACACAUGGUUAAGAGAGCAAAGCACGCCAACAAAGGCACGGGGUAAAGAACACCCUCUAACACUGCUUCCCUCCAAUGUACUCAUAUUCUAUAUACACAAGUGUGUGUGUGUGUGUGUGUGUGUGUGUGUGUGUGUGUGUGUGUGUGUGUGUAGUGAAGGCGGCAGCAGCAGCAGCUCAGAGGGGGACGGCGACAGUGAUGACGUCGUUCUGGAGGACACGGUAAGAAGAAAUGGGAAGGUUGAAUCAAUUGAAUCAAAAGGCUACGGGAAGAUUCAGACCAAAAGGAAUAAAGAAAUGUUUAUGGCAGGGUUCUUACGGUCAUUAAAAACCUGGAAAAGUCAUGGAAAUUCAAAAUGCUAAUUCCAGGUCCUGGAAAAGUUAUGGAAAACACUUAGAAAAACUUGAAUCCACCAAGGCUGUCCUUUCUAAACAAAAGAUAUGGAUAGAUAGAUUGAUUUAAAAAAGAUUCCUGCUCUAAAAGGGAUGGCAGUUUCUUUAUCAAGAGCCUUUUAGGUAUAUUUACAAUAUUUAUCAGUGGUAAAAGG